AUGACACAGAAAGAAAAAUUACUCGGCUUCUUUGCUAACAGUGAUUCUGAUGAAAGUGGAUUAGGCUACAUGUUUGUGGACAACUCUGCUACCUUCAGAGACAACAAGUUUGUGAGCGCCAACGGGAAAGCUUUUGUUAACUUGUGUUCAGUAGAGGAGCUGGUGUGGCAUAACAACAGCUUCGUCAAUGUCACUACACCUCCCAUCAGACUCCAGGAACCUGAAUGUGAGACGAAAAGGGAUUGGCACACUAAUAUUUCUCUGACUGGUUUGAGCUGCUUAGAUUGCGAGGACUUCAGGAACUCAGAUGAACAGACGUGUGCCAUCUACCAGAGUGGAUACUGCACUUCCUGCACAGAGCAUUUCGACAAUUGUUACAAGCCACUUCUCUCUUACCUGAUUCUUGAACAAUGUCAAGACUCACACCCGAGUAUAGCAGCGGAGUUAGCACAAAACUGUAACUUGGACCAGUCAGCCAAGCCACAACCCAGACUCUUAACUGGUUCAGCUACCAGUCUCAUCCCACUCUCAUUGCUUCUCGUGGCGGGUAUAUUUUUCUCAGUAAUUAAUUAGAUAAUCUUUUAACCAAAAUAAUAAAUGUAAUGAUACUUUUAUUGGUCAUAUUUGUAGCAUAUGAUCGCCGUAGUGCAAUGAUCAAUAAAAAUAUGUAUGUCUUUCAGGAAUACGAGGCUCGUCAAGUACAUUUUUAAGGAAUAUUAGAUUCAUUACCCAUAAUUUAACAUUUAUUUAAAAAAUGUCAGGAGUGGGAACAUGACCAAGUGUCUUGAAAUUUCACGGUGAUUCAAGACCAGCAUUAUAUAACAAGCUAUACAAAAUGAUAUUAUAGGUAGAUUAUUCGUAUUAAUUUUUCCAGAACAGUUAGCGACUUACUAGUUAUGAAUCAUACAAAUACGAGGUUUUUGUAAUAUGGGCACAAAAUCAAUAUAUCAUAUUUUGAGUAGUCAGUUCAUUAUUAUUAUUACCAU